ACCAUUUUAAUAAAAACCACAAAAAGGCCCGAAAUAAAAAAAAUACUGAAAAAUCAUCUGGGUACCCUUGUUUACUCUAUCAAUCACCCAGAAAAUCCGAAGAAUCAUCUCAAAUUCUCAUCAGAGAAGAAGAAGAAGACGACGAAGAAAGCAUAUAGGAGUAGCAAAAACGGCAACAUCAAAAUCAAAAUCUGCAAAUUAAGACCCAACAACAAGCAAAAGUUGAAGAACAAUAAUGGCGGAAAACAGAAAAGAAUACGACUUGGAUGCCAAAUGGGAUGCUUGUCUUGAUCUCUCUCUUCGCCGCUUUGUUUACUCCUCCGUCGCCGGCGCCUUUUCCGGCCUUCUUCUCUUCCGGAGUCCUGUGACUCGCUGGGCUUCUGUGGCUUUUGGUGCUGGAGUGGGUCUUGGUUCUGCAUACUCGGACUGUUCUAGAUUGUUUGACAGCCCCACAGCAAAUUUGAGGUCUUCAAACAUAUCUGACUCCCCUGUUUCUCAGGAUGUGCAAAAGUGACUUUGAGUUGAGUUACAUAUGUCCGAGGAACAAGUGAGAAGGGCUUCUUACUUAAGUUCACUUUACAUAACUGUUAUCCUAUUGUAGUGCCGAAAAUUGUUUUGAUGGGUCAUUGUACCCUUAAUGUACUGCAAAAUUUUCACGAAACAAUUCCUUUUUGUCUUGUAAUGUUACCAUGAUUUGGAGUUCCAAUCAGGAGAACAGAAAUUGAAAAGAAAGAAAAAUAAAAUUCUA